AUGAUUUUUACCGAGGAAGCGAAUUAUUUUAACAAACAGACAGACAAUUCCGUUUGGAAACCGCCACAAGAUAUGAGCAACGGCAGUGGACCUCCGAAUGUAAGUGGCAACUUGCUGCCAGUUAUUAGGUUGUUCAAAUUUUUAAAUUGAAAACUUAAAAUUGAAGAAUGAUAUCAAUGUUACUGUUUUUAGGCUUCAAAACUAAACACAUGGGCCGGGAAACAGCGGCACAAGGACAACAGCCUCGGUUCCGGCUCCUUUAAUGGUACAGGUGGGCAAAACGGGUUAAUGUGUGAGUUUUUGUGAUGUGGUUCGUUUAUAUAUUGUCACGUAGUUUUGAGUUAAAAUACGAUUUCAAUCCUUGUUUGCAAGUUAUCAUUUAUGAUUUUCAAUCAAUUUCUAAAAGUUUGAGAAAUAUUAUGAGGUUGUUCAACUAAUUCUGGGCCUUUUUUCAAUGUAAAUUUUUUGGAGUUGGUGGGCACAGGACUAUUUGAACAAUUUAUUACUUUGGUAAUGAUGUUUACAUUAACACGCUGUGGCACUUGUUGUUGUUUGAGCUGUCAAAUAGCACGCAUGAUGUUGUACUCUAACUAUUUUACUGAAUACUUUUAAAAACCUACUUUUUUCCGUCAAAAUAUUACCUAAAUUAUAAUUUUCAGACGACGAAAAGGGCUGGAGCACCGGGAAUGCGCGACAAACCCCACAAGAUCAGUCGAAAGUCCCCUGGUCGGAUGGCCUCAACUCUGAAAAUGGCAUCGAAAACGACUUUCUUCAAAUGAAUCUGGGGCCAAAUCAAAUGCUGAAGAUGCCUCCGCCAGGUGGCCAAUGGGGCCGCGAAGUGAAUCAAUCAACGCCGUGGGAAGUCGAGAGUCGAGGAGGUGGAUUCCCGGCCAACGAAGGGCCUGCGGGCCGAUUCAUGGGCGGUGGUGGAGGUGGGUUAAUUUUUAAUAAAAAAAGGGCGGGGGAGGUGGGUAUUCUGAUUGGGGAUAAUGUGAGGGAAAGAUUUGGUAGACGGAUUUCUAGUCUUAUUUUCUGAUUUCUGGCUUGAAAAUGGCAAAAAACUGUCGAAUUUUUUAAAAAUGCUUGAUUUUCACAAAUUUAGGUAACAGAAAUUGAAAGUUUUUCAAAAUAUGUUGUUGUAGAUAACCUUGAACUUGCGGUUUCAGGCUGAACUGAACAAAUAAAGCUUUGCGAACGGUUUUUACUUUUUUAGAGAGAAUUUUCAGUGGAUUUGGCGGUUCGUUUUGAAGUUUAAUACCUUCAACGUUUUGUUUUACACUACUUUUUCUAAACUUAUACUGCGUUUUAUGAUGUUGACAUUGCUUGACAGUUUUUGUGAUAAUUUUUGUAUUUUUGGUUAGGCUUUUUGAUUUAAAAAAACGGCUAAUAGAAUUAUUUGCAUCGUGCAGUCGUUUUUGAUAUUGGACUGUGCAUAUUUUCAGUGGGUCUUCUGAGAAAUGAUGAAAUUUUUAUAAGUUAAUUUAUAUGGUAUAAUAAGCUUUUUAUUAAACUUUUUUUACACGGUUUUGUUUGUUAUUUUUCAAGUGAGAGGUGGAAUAAGUAGUAGGUAUAUUAAUAGUUUUCAUGUAUUGUUUUUGAAUGUAGCACUUGGUUACGUGGGUUGUUUGAGUAAACCAAAGCUGUUAAUGUGUGGGUACUUGGCCACUUGAAGUGUCUUUCAAACCCGUACAGAAUUGUUGUUUUUUCUUUAAACUGGGUUAUUUUUCUGCGCUUUGAUUUAGGUAUACCUUUUCAUUGUUAUAGGCAUUUCUUAGUUAAGAGCAUGAAUAUAGUUCACAUUAGAUUUUUGUUACUCUAUAUGUUUAUACAUUAUAUAUGUAUAUAAAGCAACGAAUAUAGCUAACAUUUUUUGCUUCUUUAGGUAUUUAUAGGUUGUUGUUAAUCUUAUGCAAUGAUAUUGUCACCUUUACUAUUAUCUUUGUUUACGUUACCUUGCUUUGAAAAUAUUCGUGGAUUAAAAAGGUAUUAAAACACAUUGAAAUAAAAAGAAUAAGAUGACGUUUGAUGUGUUUUUUAAGGUUUGAAGGGUUGCGUGAGAGGUUAUAUAUUAUAAUGGCUAAAACUUGGCAAAACUGUCUAUGAAAAUGACGUUUUUAAUAUUGUUUUAUUUUUAAACAUUUUUAUUUCUGGCAUUAAUUUUUUUUUUCUUUCGGGGGCAAUUUUUGAAACUGUUGCGUUUUUAUUUUUAACUGUAUUACAAAGCUUUUCAGUCGUUUUACAUAGCUAUACAUUAAAAUUACAGUUCCACUAUCAAACCAGAAAAUUGUUAAUUUAAGAAUUACAAAACAACAUAAAAACCGAGAGAGUACAAUGAAAAGUUGUAAUUGGCGGAGGCCGCAGGGUCGGAAAGACGAAAAUCUUGGAAUUUUUUUUUCGAAACGGAACAAUUUUUGGUCGAGUUUCGCAAAAAGAGAGAGACCAAGGCGAAAAACGACCUUGCUUAAGGGUCGGGGCAUAGGCGCACCAUGUCGAGACGCUUUUUUCGCUCUUCAUGGUCAGCAAGAGAACUGAAGACAGACACGAGCAAUUUCAGUCGGUUCUGUUCAUUUUCCACCAAUUUUUGAUGUUAUUUUAUGAAUUUGGGAAAAUUAAACGCUUUUUCGAUGUGAUAUAGUUGGGGACGGGCCGCGAAACGUCUUGUUUUAGGUGUUUUGGGGGCGUUUUUGAGGUUUGUAAUGUGAAUUUUUUUAAAUUUAAAAGUUUUUUCAAGUUGGCGAAGAAAUAUUGAGGAUAGAUCUUUGAAUUCGGAGGGUGUUGUAGACUUUUUAUGGCUUUGUAGACAGUCUUUUGAUUGUUUUAUUGGAGUUCUUGGCAUGAAAUUAAUAUAAAUUUGUUGGAUAUUAUUGUUUUACUACAAAUUUUGUCAAACUUACUUCAAAUUUUGUAUCUAAACUGCAAAUUUUGAUUAAAUUUAAAAUUUUUGAAAUUUGCAGUUUUUAUUUUUCGGUUAAAAUUUUUUACAAAUGCCAUCAAAAAUGGAUGUAAAACAAGAUUUUGGUUAAUAUUCUUGUCAGUCGACCUUGACGAUGCGAUUAAUUACGUGAAGGUCUUUGUCAUUCAUAUAUACUUUUUCUUUGUUUAUUUCUAGCCAGAGGGCAUGUUUUCUUUCCGGGAAAGUACUGAUAUCGAUUUUGCUUUUUUAAAGAUGAUAACUGAAAUUGUUGUUGCUGUUGUUUGAGAGAUCUGGGUUUGGCCAUAGGGACGUUAUUUUAGACUUAUGGUUAAAUGCUUGUAGUUUGGCUUUUGAUAACGUUAUGAUAAGAGUAUACUUGGCAUUUUUAAAAAUACGUUUGGAAUCACAAAAUUCGAGAUUUUUAAUUUUUUUUGAGAAUUGUUAAGUUUGUAUUAGUAAAGUAUGUGAGGUAAAUUUAUGUUAGAAAUACUAAUGUUUACGACAUGAAAAACUAGAAAUAUGUAUAAAAAGUAUCCGUCGGAUUAAGCGAACGAAAAGCGAGUUUUUUUAUUAGUAACGAUGACAUUUUUGAACGUUUCCACUUGGCCACAGCGUUCCGUCUUUGUUUGCCAAACUUUACGACAACAAAAUAUGGAAUUUGUUUAGGAACUGAAGGCUUUUUGAGGGGGAGAACGUUUAAAAUUGGCUUUUUAGGUCUUUAUUUAUGGAAAAUUUGGUUUCACAUUGGAAACCAGGAUCUUUAGGCUUGAGUUUGUUGAAUUUUGGAUAAUUUUUUAAUUGAAAAGUUUGAUUAUUUGUCAUUUCUUUAUUGAAAAGGGGGAUUUUGCGUCGUAUUUUUAAAAAAAUUUAAAACGUUUACGUAAAUUGUUUUUUAAAGAAAUAUUUAUGUUGUUAUGCUCCUCGGAACCAUCCCAUCCAUAUGUUCAAACAGAGUGACAAUUAGAAUGAUUUUCAUGAAUUUGUUAUCUUUUUCUGAUUUCGUUUACUUUCGAAUGAAAAAGUGAAAAAUGCGCGUGCGGUCAUAAAGUUUCUACACACCACGAUAAGUUGCUCCAUCUCUCUGCCCUCUUUUUCCUACACACUAUUUCUUCGGUUACCACGUUUUCGGUUUUUGUCGCGUUAAAAUUUGGAAAAUUUGAGGGUUUUUAUUGAAAAUAUUGCAGUUUAUUUGUGUGUUUUGAAUGUUUUAAAACCGAAUUCGGAUGGAAAUUGAUUUGAAUUCGACUGUCGCUAUUAAUGGUGAUGGUUUAAACUGUGUUUUGCUUAAAUUUUGUCAAUUUAAAAACAGAAGCAAUAGGGUUUGAGGGGAUUGUUGUGAAACGAUUGAUUGGUUAUAAUUAUAAACUUUUCUCAAACAUAUGAUUGAUAAAGAGUGUGCGUUUAUGUGCAGAUGUGAGUGGUUAAGAUAACUUUGACGUUUUAAUGAAGGAGAUUUAGGCUUGAAAUGUAACUUUAUUUAUAGCGAAGAGACUGAUUAAAAUUUUAUUGAAAUUGAUUUUAAAAAUUUUAAUUUUUUUUAAUUUUUGGUUUCUAUAUUUUUGAAAAAGGAUUGAAAGCGACAUAAAGUCUUAUUGUAAUUUUAUUAAAUUUUGUCUAAUUUAUGCUUCUUUUUUAAAAGCGCCUUAAGGCUUUCGUUAAGAGCUUCUUAAAAUUAUGAUUACAAUUAUUGCUAGCUCUAGAUAAACAUGGCUUACCAAGCUUUGUAAGAUAAUUGUACAAGAUUCAAAGUGUAAAUUAAUCAAGCAGAGUGGGAGGGUUGAAAAGUAGAUUAACACCAUUGUAAAACACUUAUAGCUUUGCAAGAAUAAUGGAAUAAUCAUAAUAUUUGUUGGUUUUUGAGAUUUUGACAGUAAAAUGAUUAGUUUCUUAGUGUGUUUGUUAAAAGUUUAUAUUUGUAAAAUGUGUUGAAAAAUAAAACUUUGAAAAGUAUGUUAUCAAAUUUUUAAUUUUGACUUUUUAGUGAGCAUGGAUAAUGGUACGGGCCAAUGGCGCUCGUGGGAACAUGAAGGCUUCCAGCAGAAAGAGUUCCACCCGGGAUUCCCGAUCGGCGGAAUGCCCAAUCACAAAAUGCCCAACAACUUCUACGGCGGCGGCCAAAACUUUAUGAUGCAGCAGGGCUUCGGCGACAACAGAAUGGUAAUUUUUAAAAAAUAUGGAUUCGAAGUUUAGGCAUAGAGUCAUGUUUGGUAAACAAUCUUACUUUUGGCAGAAUAUUUCUGAAACUUAAUUUUAAAUCAACACACAGUAUAGUUAACAAACUAAAAACGCAUUUUAGAUGCGAAACGGUCCCCCACACAUGAACCAGCAACAGCCAGGCCAACCCUGGGGCAAUAAAUACGCCGGUGGUCAGCGGAAUGCUCCAGGUGGUGGUUUCCAACAGUUCGGCGGACCACCUCAAGGUGGCCACAUGAAUAUGAUGCCACCAUCGAUGAUGGAGCGAGUUAUGGGACCACCACCUCCACCCUUGGCUCAACAACACCAUGGCCGAGGGCCUCAUCAUCCUCAUGGCGGACCUCCACCACCCCCAAUGCACCCAAUCCCACCAAUGCCCGCGCAAAACCCGCCCGGUGGAUUCUCGGUGGGAACUUUCAAUUCUCAUGGCACUAGUAUGGUUAAUGACGAUUCAUUCUGGCACGACCCUAACGGCGAUUUGCGCAAAUGGCAACGCGACACGGGCACGGCACAUUGGGGCGACCCGGCCAAACAACAAGGUAUGAAAGGUGGGGUUUUGAAUGGAUUUUAUGUGUAGUCUUGUGCCAUAAAUUAUGAAUUUUAAAAAAUAAAAAAAUUUUUUUUUGGAUUUUUCGAAAAUUUAACUUUUGAUUAUUUCUCAUAUUGUUUUAGGCCAGCCAAUCCGCCGAUGGACUCAAGUCGAUCCAGACGAUGAUAACCUAGUUGGGUCUUCAGCGAACAACCAAGCCUCUCCAGACUCCUUGAAGAAGGACGAUGAGAAUCACAUCACUGAGAUGGGGUGGGGAGAGCUUCCUCCAUUAAAUGGCACUACAACAACCCCAACUACUGCUAACCCACCUCCUCAAUCAUCUGCCCCAACCACAUUGAACUCGGGAUGGAUGGGAAGUGCACCUCAAGGUGGUCCAUCUGGAAUAAUGCCUCAGGCACAGGCUCCUGGAGCUGGUAAGCUUAUUUAAAGACGGGAAACUUUCAAAAAAACUUUUAUGUUUUGAAAUAAUUUUGAGUGAUAAAGUGAAAAAUAGGUUUUUUGUAUUAAACAUGUCUCCUUUCAGGCUGGACCGACUCACCUCGGAAUCCACUACCACCCAACAACUUCAUGCCUCAAGGCCAAUUCCCACCAAACAACUUCUACGGCUCCAACCUCCCACCAUCCAAUGAAUGGUCUACUCGACCUCCAGGCAACAACAUGUCGUACGGUCAACAGCAACAACAGCCUCACAUGUUCGACCAACCAUCGAACAACAAAGAUAUCGUUGAGAAGUUGCGAGUUGCCUCAGCCAAAGGUCUGAUCGACAUCAACAUGUUCACUCAGAACGGACCAUUGUCUUCGAACACGGUCAAGUUGUUGAACAACAUGCUGGAAGUGUUCACUGAAGUCGAGGAGUUGGAGGAGAUGUUAAAAGUGGACCGCAAAGGCUUGGUCAACCCCAUGGACUUGAGAGACAAACGUCACAACCUCGACGAGCUUCGCGAGAAGAUCAUCAACUCAGUGGGUGUUCAACUGCCACCACCGCCAAGACAAGGGGGAUGUAAGUGAAAGUUUUGGCAAUAUUAUCUUUGUAUUGAAAGGAAAAACACAUUUUUUGGAAUUAGCAUGGUUAAUAGAAUUGUAAUUUUAAUUUAUGUUGGUUUUAAGUUAAGAAAACUUAAAAAUUGUUGUUUUUGAGUUGUUUUAGUUUUUAAAAGUAUUAAAAGUUUAUUUUUUGAUGUUUUGUUUGAAUAUUUCUAUGAUUUUGGAUAUUAAUCUUGAUUUUUAGUGAGUUUGGCCGACGAACUGAGCAACAUGAGCACGUUGCCAGCGAUUGGCGGCGACGUGGCCCAACUGUGGUAA